AUGACGUCCCUGCGGCCCGUGUCUAAAUGGAAAACCCCUACCCUUGUUUACAUGGACCUGUAUGUGACCUCCAUCACAGAAGUGAAUGAAAAAGCCCAGAGCCUCUCAACACAAGUCACAAUUUUGCAUGGCUGGCUCAGUGAGUUCACAGGAUGGAACCCAGAAGACUUCUGUGGAAUCACUUCAUGUUCAGUUAAAAAGGAUAUGGUUUGGACUCCAGACAUCACCAUCACUGAAAGCAUCAAGACUGAGUUUGCAACAAUGGAGAAUCAGUACGUCCAGCUGCAGAAUCAAGGCGUUGUUGUGACGUCUAACACUUUAGCUGUGACCACGGCCUGCAAGAUGAACCUGCACCAGUUUCCCUUUGACAUCCAAAGCUGCACUUUUACCCUUCAGUCUCCAAUCCAUUCAAGCAAGGAGCUCGUAAUCAGUCCGUUCUCUGACGCUUCAUUCCUGACCCUCAGCUCCAAGAAGGCCUUUCAGACUCAGGGAGAGUGGGAACUCCUCAGUAUAAAUAUGUCUAAAGCCAAUGUCACUACCAUGGGAGGAUCACAGGAUCAGCUGAUAUAUAAGAUCACCAUUAAGAGGAGACCACUACUGUAUUUUAUCAACUUUCUAAUGCCAGUAUUUUACUUCCUUAUUCUGGAUUUGGCCUCCUUCUUCCUCGAUUCAAGUGGAGGAGAGAAGCUGGGCUUUAAAGUAACUCUGCUUCUGUCUAUUUCUGUGUUACUGCUGCUUCUCAAAGACAUGCUGCCCUCUACUGCCAGUGAUAUUCCCCUGAUUGGGGUUUAUUGUGUUGUCAUCUUCACUCUGAUGGGCGUCAGCGUUCUGGAGACCAUUCUUGUGAAUUUUCUGAUGUCUAAAGGAAAUCAGACCGUUUCAGAAAGACCAAUGAAAAGCUCAUCUGCUCUUUCUGAUGCGGUAAAGGACACUAAGAGCCCUCCAGACUCAGAAACAGAGCAGAUGCAUGCUCUUGACGUCCUGAAGCAGAUCCUCGUGGAGUUUCAGGCUGCUGCUACUCAUCAAAACCAACAAGAGAGGAAAUGCCUGAGCUGGACCAGAGUGGCAACAAUAGUAGAUGUGAUCUUUAACUUUCUGUAUUUAACCACAGUUAUUGUGUUUCUGAUAACUCUGUUCAAGGCUUGGUUCCUGUGAGUGAAUGUCCCUUAUAGGCCUGUACAUGAGAUGGAAAGACUUCUUCUGCUCGACUCAUUAGAACACGGAUCAGCCAGAGCU